UUCUAUCCCAAUGGCUUCAACAACACGGCGACUGGCGUUCAGCGCACGACGCUGUUCGUCCAAGCUGUAUGUUCAAACCGCUCAACCGCGAUUCUCUCCAUUAUGGCAACGGCCCCUUUCAACAAGCUCCUCACGUCGCGCGGACGAAACGCCCGCUAAAGACGGCAUAACCACUCCCGAGCUCGCAGACCUCAUUGAUGAUAUGUACGGCGUUCAGGAACAAGUUCGUAGUAAAAGUGGCCCUACAUGGCAAUCCAUCGACCCCAAUGGAAUCGAUCAGGCAGCUUUGCAAGAGCAAGGCAAGGAUGGAUUCUGGUCCGAAGGAGAAGAAGAGUUGGGGCCGGAUGAAGAUUACUACGCAGACGACAUAACAAGUGAUGGACAUCAGUUACUAGAGCAGCACCGAGAGCUGAGGGAGUAUGCUCGGAUGAUUGCUUGGGAGUUACCACUCUUGAACCAUCUUGCCCGUCCUUUUGAAGUGCCCACACAAGCCACUCCUUUCCGAUUCCGCUACACGUCCUACCUCGGCGAGCGCCACCCGGCUGUGAAUAAGGUGGUAGUGGAAUUUUGCGCCAAGGAUAUGAAACUCUCUCCUAUACAGACGGAUAAACUCAUUAAACUCGCCGGCGUUCGCUACAACCCUUCCAACGACACAAUCAAGCUAUCCUGCGAGAAAUUUGACACUCAAGCGCAAAACAAGCGCUUCCUCGGCGAGACCAUCUCGAAGCUAUUGACCGAGGCCAAAGACGGGUCGGACACAUUCGCCGAUGUGCCGUUCGACUUUCGACACCACAAGCCAAAGCCCGUGUAUGAAUUCCCGGAGAGUUGGAUAUUGACACCGGAACGCAAGAAGUACUUGGAAGAAAAGAGAUCAGCGAGUGUGUUGAAGGAAGAGGAGAGGAAGUUUACCGGGGCCCUGAUCGAUGGAAACAAGGUUGUUGAAUCGAACUUGCCGCGCAACGAACCUGAGCCGGUGCCUGUGAUGAUCGGUGGGCGAAGAGGAAAAGCGCUCAGAUAG